AUGUAUACAAAUUACGGAGCUGAAGACAUCGAAGACGAAGUGGAUCCGAUGGAGGAACUGCUGGCGCAGCACAGAAAGGAGAAGAAAGCUCUCAAAGAAAAGGCGCUUUCAAUGAAAAAGAUUGCAAAAUCCGGAAACAAACAAAAACAAAAAGAAACAAAUGCUGAAAUUGAACGAUUAGAAAGCGAAAUGGCUGCACGACACGAAAGAGAAAUCAGCAAUUUGAAGGUUAGGCAGUGCACCAGUGUUCUGUUAAAUAUACCAUCUUCAUUUGGUAAACUAAUUUUUGUUUCUUCAUUUAUGUUAUGUCAUCAAAUCGCAGCUCUUGCAAGUAAGUACUCUAAAAUCUUGAAAGCAAGCCUUCCAAAAGGUGGUGUUUCAACUUUAACAUUAUAUCGUUUUCACAGAAUUAUAAGAAAACCGGGCAUAUCAGCGGAAGCUCUUCUAUUUUGUCUAAAACUGCAGAAACUGCAAACUUUGAAGUUCAACAUUCUAACUUUUCGAAAACACUUAUAAGG